CAUUGAGUCUCAGACAGAGACCGGCACACCCUACAUGCUCUACAAGGAUGCCUGCAACCGCAAGAGCAACCAGCAGAACCUGGGCACCAUCAAAUGCAGUAACUUGUGCACAGAGAUUGUAGAGUACACCAGUAAGGAUGAGGUGGCUGUUUGCAACUUGGCAUCCAUUGCACUUAACAUGUACGUCACCCCAGAGCGAACUUUUGACUUCCAGAAGUUGGCCUCUGUUACAAAAGUCAUUGUGAAGAACCUGAACAAAAUCAUUGAUAUCAACUACUAUCCUGUGCGAGAGGCAGAGAACUCCAACAAGCGUCACAGGCCCAUCGGUAUCGGCGUUCAGGGUCUGGUUGAUGCCUUCAUCCUCAUGCGCUUCCCGUUUGAGAGCGCAGAGGCUCAACACCUCAACACACAGAUCUUUGAGACCAUCUACUACGCUGCCCUGGAGUCCAGCUGUGAGCUGGCUGCAGAAUUUGGGCCGUAUGAAACGUACGCUGGGUCUCCUGUGAGCAAGGGCGUAAGUUGGAUGAUGUAUAUAGCCUAUAUAAUAU